AUGGAGAGUCCAGAGAUGAUGACCCAUCAGCUGGUCACUGCUCCAGAGAGGCAGUCUAGAGCCCGGUGCAGACCUGAGGAACAGACCCAGACCGUCCUCACCGAACCCACAGACCCCGCUGGUUCCGACCUGGACUCUAAGGUGGAGCGGAUCGCUCGCUACAAGGCAGAAAGGCGUCGCCAGUUGGCCGAGCGCUAUGGUAUCUCGCUGGACCAAGAGCCAGACACCACUGUCACUGACCACUUCUCUUCCCGAUACGGUGCCUCCUGUGGACUCAAGGAGUUGGCUUCUUCCUCUGAGAGGCAACAGGGCUACACACACCCAGAAACACGCUGCAGGGCAGAGUCUGGCUACGGCAAGCCUGGCCAGGGGCGACCCAGGGUUGACUCAUUCACAGAGAGGGAGAGGGUGGAGAACCUGGAGAACCAGCGUAGGGCGGCUCAGCAGGAGAGGAACAUCAACCUGGAGAACCAGCGCAGGGCGGCUCAGCAGGAGAGGAACAUCAAAGCCCCCGAGCCGCAGCCGCCAUCUUCCUCCACCUACAUGGAUGUGACGUCGUCGACCUCUGCCAAAGUGCCCGUUGCUAAGCACAACACCAUCAUGGGGUUGCCCCCCAGCUCACCCAAGACUGGCCGGAAGUCCUUGCUGCCCUCCCCCAAACAGAAGGUGUCCCCUGGGGACCUGUUCAUAGAGCAACAGGCCCACAACAUCCUCAGCAGACAGGGCCCGGAAGUGAAACCACCCAGCGAUUGGUUCCUCCAGACUGAUUCGGCAGGCAACACCCAGUCCCUUAUCAACUGGCCCUCCAGAAUCAGAGUUAGGGACAGACUGGCCAGGGAGGAGGGAGUUCGAAAGAGGAGUCCAGAGCUGGGCCACCAUGUCCCCGAGGCCCCCCUGUACAGGAGACACCCCCAGAUCACCACCCAGUCCACAGCCUACCACCAUGACCCCCAGGCUCCGGCGUAUACCACCACUGACUCUCCAGGCCCCAAGUCCUACUCUCACCACCAGCCUCAGCUCACCCGUUCUGGGCAGAGUGAUGACCCCAGCUAUCUGUCCAUGUCUACUGGCCCCGGUUCCGGGGCACAGCAGCCCCAACAGCCUCUGCCAGAGGAGGAAAAGGAGAUGGAGGGAGAAGUGGAAGAAGAGGAGAAGAGGGGAGCCCCUAGGGAGGGCAGGAAAGCUGUGCUGCCAUCAGAGAUCAGAGGAGUCCAAGGAGUGGGACAGGGGAGGGAGGCUGAGCCCAGAGGAUGGUACAUGGAAAGAGGGGGAGAGAGACCCAGGAUGAGAUGGGAGGAAUCUGACACAGACCCCGAACCAAUCAGACCUAUGGAACAAUCCAUGACCCGCCUGCAGGCCGCCGAGGUCAGAGCAGAGCUCAGAGCCUCCAGGGAGAAGGGCCAACAACCGUGGAGUGACAACUCCAUCUACAUCCAGAGAAGCGUUGCCCCCGCCUCUACCCACAUCCAGAACAGGGGAGGAGGCCCAACCGCCACCACCAUAACCACUGAUGCCUUCAUCUCCUCCAUCCGCUCCUCAUCCGACACUGAGCCCCAUGGGGCCCCUAGAGGCUCCAUCCCCAGGGCCCAGGAGCCAUGGUCGGUCAAAGAGGCAGCAGGCCUGCGGAGGGGGGCCAUUGAUGGUGGGAUCAGAAAUAGAGACCAGAGACCACUAGAGACCAGGGACGCUCGUAUCUCUGUGGCCAAGCUUCGUCACUCCUACCUGGAAAGUGCUACGACUGCUACUGCCCCAGUCGUCAGGAAACCUGAGCUAGAGGAGGAAAUAAAGUGGGUGUACCCAGGGGGGGCGGAGGUCCCCUGGAGAGGGGUGCAGGACAAUACAGUGGUCCCAUGGAGGGGGGACAGGGGGCGCAGACUCUCUAUCUCGCCUGGAGAGAGUAGAAGGACCUCAGAGAGGUUUAGGACCCAGCCCAUCACCACCGCUGAGAGACACCGGUCUGAUAGGUCUUGUUUGAGCCCAGAUCUACCAAGCACUGAAGCCGAUGAAGAGAAAUUGGAUGAGCGGGCCAAGCUGAGUGUUGCAGCCAAGCGUUCUCUCUUCAGGGAGUUGGAGAGGAACACGGAUGGGGGCUCCCCAAAACCCCCAUCACGGAACGUGGCCAUGGAGAGGCGACUGAGACGCACCCAGGACCGCUCCCAUACCCAGCCAGUCACUACUGAGGAGGUGGUCAUUGCUGCCACCCUGCAUGCGUCCUCACAGGAGAGUGCUGCAGUCAGGGAGCAGGCCAGACAGACCCAUAAUGCACCAGAGGUCCAGAGAGAGGCCCAGCGGACGUCCUCCAAGCUCCUCCAGACUUCUUCUCCUGAGGAGAACCAGCCCCAGACCCAGAAUAAUGGCCAGGGGGACGCAGAGCCGGAUCUGUCCACCUUAAGCUUGGCAGAGAAGAUGGCUCUGUUCAACAGGCUGGCCCAGCCAGCCACCAGGGUGAUCCGCACCAGGCCGGACAGCAGGGGGCGCAGGGCCAACGCCCGUUACCAGACCCAGCCCAUCACCCUGGGAGACCUGGAGCAGAUCCAUAACGGGGCCAAGUUGGGCCAGCUAUUCUCAUCUACCCUCAGACCUGGGGCCACGGUCGCCACAGACCAUGCAGGGGACAUCCACUUAGCCACUAGGGGCGGGGGUAGCCCAGCAGAGGCACCCAACCCUGGGUACUACGAAAGGUCCAUCCCCCACCACCCUAGCCCUCCCACCCAGAUCACAGAACCCUCCAAUGCCGUCUGGAGGUCUGUGCCUGGCCCCCACCACCAAGCCUCUCUGGAUCUUCAGGCGCACCAGACUGACUCAACCACCAUCCUCCCCCAGGGAGAGGAGGGCGAUCUGUGGGGAGGGAAGAGAAAGUUGCCCUCUCCGGAGGGAGGUGUCAGAAAGGCCCCCAUGCCUCAGGCCUGGUCUGGUGAGAGGGAGUGGGAGGAGGAGCAGCGUUUGGCCAGGAUGGGUGGUGGUGAGGGUGUGGAGCCCCGGCGUGUGUUGAAGGGGACAGAGAGUGGUGGUGGUGGUCUCCACCAGGACCACAGGCAGCACCAGGAGCAGAGGGGCUAUCUGAGACAGUCAUCAUUAGACCUCCAGGACCCAGACGGACACAGAUCAAAGGUCAUCAGCACUGAGCUGCCAGACUCUAGUGUGUCAUCAUCGAGAGCAGCAGAGCAGCUAAGGAGUGCAUCUCUCUCUCCACACACAGUGCUGCCCCAGGCUCGGGAGCUGGGCGGGGCGGACACACACACGGACGGCAGCAGUGGUCUGGGACACACACACAGCCUGGUCCAGUCUGAGCAAGAGGACAUAGAGCUCUCAGAAGCCAUGUCGGCUAGACAGAUGUCCAUCAAAGACAGGCUGGCCCUGUUGAAGAAGAGUGGCGAGGAGGACUGGAGGAACAGGAUUAAUCGGAAGCAGGAUGUGGUUAAGGUGGCCGUUUCAGAACGUCACGCUCAGCUAUGGGAGGUGGAGCAGAGCUUCAAGAAGAAGGAAGAAGGGAUGCUGAUUAAUGAGUUGGCUGUGUCUGAUCAGCUCUGGCAGAGGAUGGGAGGGGGAGAGGAGACUACGGAAAACCAGAACCAGCCUAUCGAGAUGUCUAUCCAUGAGAGGAAGCAGCUGAUCGUGGCCCAAGAAGAGGCCUGGAAGUCCAAGGGCCACGGGGCCGCUAACGACUCCACACAGUUUACUGUGGCCGCACGCAUGGUCAAAAAAGGUCUGGCUUCUCCUUCUGCUCUCUUGAACCCUGUGACGUCUCUCCCUUCCAAACCCAAGAACACCACUCCUGCCAUCUCCAAGCCUCUGGAAGAGAUCGAGGCCAAACCGGACAUGAACCUGGAGUCGGACAGGAAACUCGAUAAGCUGGACUCUUUCCUGAGCAAGUUGAACAAUAAAGUGGGCGGCCUGCAGGAAUCCACCAUCACAGUGACGAAGAAGACGGUCAAAGAUGUCAUGAAUCUGGAUGAUGAGAUGUUCGACAAGUUUUACCGCCACAUGGCCGAGAUGCCCCUCAACAUGAACAGCAAGGUGGACAUCAAUGACGACUUUGACGACAUCUUCGGUGGUACCCAGAUGCCCAAGCUGACCUCAGCCAUGGUGGAGCACAAGCGGUCGGUGCGUCCAGUGCGCAACGUCCAGUCGUCCAGGAACCCUCUGAAGAUGCUGGCGGCCAGAGAGGACAUCCGACACGAAUACACAGAGCAGAGACUCAACGUUGGCCUGCUGGAGAGCAAGAGGAUGAAGCAAGAGAAGAUGAAUAAAAAUAGUGGAUUCUCUGAGGUGGCUCUGGCGGGUCUGGCCAGUAAGGAGAACUUCAGCAGUGUCAACCUGCGUCGUGUCAACAUCUCCGACCAGAUGUCCAACAACAGCGCUGUGCCCUACAAGAAACUCAUGCUCUUGCAAGUCAAAGGCCGACGGCACAUCCAGACCAGACUAGUGGAGCCCAGAGCGUCCUCUCUAAACAGCGGGGAUUGCUUUUUGCUCAUCACACCCCAUCACUGCUUUGUCUGGACCGGAGAGUUUGCCAACGUCAUCGAGAAGGCCAAGGCUGCUGAGCUGGCCCAGUUCAUCCAGACCAAGAGAGACCUGGGUUGCCGUGCCAAUUAUGUAGAGCUGAUCGAGGAGGGUAUCAACACACACAGCUACGCUGCCAAGGAGUUCUGGAAGAUUCUGGGUGGACAGAUCAGCUACCAGUCCGCAGGGACACCAGACGAGGAUGAGCUGUAUGAGAGCGCCAUCGUAGAAACCAAUUGCAUCUACCGCCUAGUGGACGACAAACUAGUCCCCGAUGACGACUUCUGGGGGAAGGUUCCCCGAUGCACGCUGCUCAGCCCCAAACAGGUGUUGGUGUUUGACUUUGGCAGUGAGGUGUACGUGUGGCAUGGUAAGGAGGUGACUCUGGCCCAGAGAAAAGUUGCCUUCCAGCUGGCUAAACACCUGUGGAACGGAACCUUCGACUACACAAACUGUGACAUUAACCCCCUGGACCCUGGAGAGUGCAACUCACUCAUACCCAGGAAAGGCCAGGGCCGUCCAGACUGGGCUAUGUUUGGAAGGUUGACGCAACACAACGAGACCACCCUGUUCAAGGAGAAGUUCCUGGACUGGACAGACUCCAAGAAGAAAGGUACCAUCAAGAACGGCCAUGAGCACCUCAACGAAAACAACAAGGAGCAGCAGAGCCCGGAACAGAACAUGACGCGGGCCUAUGAUGCCUCCCUGAUGCUGCCACUGCUCCCGACCCCGGUCCGUACGGUGUUGGAUGGGGUGGACCUGGGCCGGGGCUAUGGCACGGUGGCGGGGGAUGACCGCAGGCACUUUGAGAUCAGCACCACCGCUGUGGACAUCUGGCACAUACUAGAGUUUGACUACAGCCGGCUGCCCAAGCAGAGCAUCGGACAGUUCCAUGAGGGAGACACCUAUGUGGUGAAAUGGAAGUACAUGGUGAGCACAGCAGUUGGGAAGAGGCAGAAUCCGGAUGCGGUGAGGAGCGCAGGAGCUGGGAAGGAGAAGUGUUCCUAUUUCUUCUGGCAGGGCCGGAAUUCUACCGUCAGUGAAAAGGGGACGUCAGCGCUAAUGACUGUUGAACUGGACGAGGAGAGAGGAGCACAGGUCCAGGUGCAGCAGGGGAAGGAGCCUCCAUGUUUCCUUCAGUGUUUUAAUGGAGGGAUGGUGAUCCAUGCAGGGAAGAGAGAAGAGGAGAACUCACAGAAUGACUGGCGGUUGUAUUGUGUGCGGGGAGAGGUCCCGGUGGAGGGCCACCUGCUGGAGGUAGCAUGCCACUGCAGCAGUCUGCGCUCCCGGACCUCUAUGGUGCUUCUCAGUGUCUCUAAAGCAACCAUGUACGUGUGGCACGGCUGCAAGGCCCAGCUCCACACCCGCGACGUGGGGUGCACUGCCGCCGAUAAGAUCAAAGAACAGUGUCCGUUGGAGGCAGGGCUCCACAGCAGCAGUAAGGUGACCAUCCAUGAGUGUGACGAGGGGGCGGAGCCUACGGGAUUCUGGGAAGCUCUGGGAAGGAGAGAUAGGAAGGCCUACGACUGCAUGCUCCAGGAUCCAGGGAAGUUCAACUUCACCCCUCGUCUCUACCAGCUGAGCAGUACGUCUGGAGAGUUUGUUGCAAUGGAGUUCUUCUACCCAGCCAGAAUAACAGAGGAGGUCAACUCACUGCCCUUCCUACAGGAUGACCUCUACACCGCCUCUCAACCAGCCCUCUUCCUGGUCGACAACCUCCACGAGGUCUACCUGUGGCAAGGCUGGUGGCCCCAGGACAGCGAGAGCCCUGGCUCUGCCCGUAUCCGCUGGGACGCAGACAGGAAGUGUGCCAUGGAGACGGUGCUGCAGUACUGCACAGAGAAGAAUGAGAAGAAGCCACCCAAGGCGUAUCUGAUCCAUGCAGGACUUGAACCUCUAACCUUCACCAACAUGUUUCCAUGCUGGGAACACAGAGAGGACAUAGCUGAGAUCACUGAGAGGGAGACAGAGGUUUGUAACCAGAUAAUUCUGGUAGAGGAUGUGUUGGCACGGCUGUGUAAGACCACCUACCCCCUGGCAGACCUGCUGGCACGGCCACUACCCGAGGGAGUCGACCCCCUACGCCUGGAGAUCUAUCUAGACAAUGAUGACUUUGAGGGUGAAGGGGCUUAUGGGAAGAAAGCUCUGGAGAUGUCGAGGGAUGAGUAUGAGGUGUUGCCAGGUUGGAAGCAGGUGAACGUGAAGAAAGCCAAAGGAUUGUUUUAGUACGUUGGACAGAAGGCUUGACCACCGGAUGACAUCAUCAGCAAGCGACGGUCAGUGCAUCGUGGUUCAGUUGUAACAGGAGCCCACCACUGAGAACUCUUUAAUUUAACAUUUCACCCCUUCAUCUCCGGACUGGAGAGGGCUUGGGAACACACACUUCUGAGAACCCUACCCUGGUUGGAGGGAGGGAAGAGGAAGAGAGACGCAGUGGUGGAAGGAGUGAGGAUCAACAGAGUUGUGCCAGCCUCGUGUACAGUUUUCUUCUUUUAUUUGUAGGUGUUACCAGUUUUGUUUUGUAAUUCUAAAUGUAGGUAGUUCAGAGGUGUGCGAGUGAAUGUUGAGUGGAUGUUUGUUAUGUGUCGGCACCCGGCUUUUUAAAUCCACACUGUGUGUGUGUGCGUGCUCGUGUGUGUGUGUGCGUGCUCGUGUGUGUGUGUGCGUGCUCGUGUGUGCGUGUGUGUGUGCGUGCUCGUGUGUGUGCGUGCUCGUGUGUGUGUGUGCGUGCU